AUGGCGGAGGAAGGACAGAGAGCGGUAGCGGAUCAGGAGGGGUUGAAGGAGGAGACGCUGCCAACAGCGGAGGAGGAGGCGAAAAAGGACGAGGCGCCGGGGCAGGAAGAGCACGACAUCAUGUGCGGCGCAUGCGGGCAGAUUUUGAAGCGAAAUGCCUACAAAUUUUGCGUACGAUGCGGCGUGAAGCUCAAUCCAGAGAGCGUCUGGGAUGCGCAGCUGUGCAAUUCGACGCACGACACGCCCAACAUCGCCCGGGUGCGCCAGGAGAUGAUCGGCCGAGGGGUGAAGGUGGUGAUUGCCGACGGGCGCAUCUUUGUCGGCCGAUUCCUGGCCUUCGACAAGCAGCGAAGCAUGAUCCUCUCCGAGUGCCGCGAGUAUCGAAGGGUGAAGAUCGAUGACGACGGACCGGAGAAAGAAGAAAAGCGCAACGCAGGGCUGAUACUGAUCGGAGGCAAGUUCAUCAAGUCUGUGCACUGGGCCAAGCUCACGGAAGAGGGCAAGCAGAAGCUGAAGGAGGAGGAAGAGGAGCGACGGCGGAAGGAGGCCGACGAAGAGCGAGAGGCCGCUGCCGAGGAGGCCAAGGCUGCGGCCGCAGGCGAGCUGCCGGUGUAA